AUGUCCGAGGAGCUGGCCCAGGGACCCAAGGAGAGCCCGCCGGCGCCGAGGGCAGGCUCCCGCGAGGUGUGGAAGAAGGGCGGCCGCCUGCUGUCGGUGCUGCUGGCCGUGAACGUGCUGCUCCUUGCCUGCACGCUCAUCAGCGGCGGCGCCUUCAACAAGGUAGCGGUGUACGACACGGACGUGUUCGCGCUGCUCACCACCAUGAUGCUGCUCGCCUCCCUCUGGACCCUCUUCUACCUCCUCCGGACCGUGCGCUGUCCCAACGCCGUCCCCUACCGGGACGCGCACGCCGGCCCCAUCUGGCUUCGAGGCGGGCUGGUGCUGUUUGGGAUCUGCACUCUCGUCAUGGAUGUCUUCAAGACUGGCUACUACUCCAGUUUCUUUGAGUGCCAGUCAGCCAUCAAGAUCCUGCACCCUCUCACCCAGGCCGUGUUUGUCAUCGUCCAGACUUACUUUCUCUGGGUCUCCGCUAAGGACUGUAUUCACGUCCACCUGGAUCUGACCCGGUGUGGUCUCAUGUUCACCCUCACCACCAACCUGGCCAUCUGGAUGGCGGCCGUGGUGGACGAGUCCGUGCACCAGACUCACUCCUAUGACAGUUCCCACAGCAACACCAGCCACCACCGCUUCGCUCCUGACCCGGAGCGUGCAGGCAGCUCGGUGGGAGGAGACUGUCCGUGCAACACAGCCAUCUGCCAGAUCUUCCAGCAGGGUUAUUUCUACCUGUAUCCCUUUAACAUUGAGUACAGCCUCUUUGCUUCCACCAUGCUGUAUGUCAUGUGGAAGAAUGUGGGCAGGCUGCUGGCCUCCUCCACCCAUGGCCACGGCCACACCCCGUCCCGGGUCAGCCUCUUCCGGGAGACCUUUUUCGCUGGCCCAAUCCUGGGCCUGAUGCUCUUUGUGGUGGGGCUGGCCGUCUUCAUCAUCUACGAGGUCCAAGUGAGUGGGGAGGGGGGCCGCACCCAGCAGGCCCUGGUCAUCUAUUACAGCUUCAACAUCAUCUGUCUGGGCCUCAUGACCUUGGUCAGCCUGAGUGGCUCAGUCAUCUACCGUUUUGAUCGCCGGGCCAUGGAUCACCAUAAGAACCCCACUCGAACCCUGGACGUGGCGCUGUUGAUGGGUGCCGCCCUGGGUCAAUACGCUAUUUCCUACUACUCUAUUGUAGCUGUGGUGGUGGGCGCACCCAGGGACCUACUCGGGGGGCUCAACCUAGCCCAUGCUCUGCUCAUGAUUGCCCAGCACACCUUCCAGAAUGUGUUCAUCAUUGAGAGCCUCCACCGGGGACCACCCGGGGUUGAGCCUCGUGAUACCACCCCCAAGGAGCCCUGCCAUGGCCUGACCUUUGCCAACCUGGAUGCCCUCCACACCUUGCCUGCCUGCCCAUCCACCCCCAGGCUGGUUGGUCCCAGCCCAGAGGGCGCUCAGGAAGCAGUGGCCGUCAUCUUGGCCCCCAGGGGACACUGGAGACGCCGGUGCCUGAAGGACAUUUCUCUGUUUCUCCUGCUUUGCAAUGUCAUCCUGUGGAUCAUGCCUGCCUUCGGAGCCCGUCCUCACUUCAGCAACACUGUGGAAGUGGACUUCUAUGGCUACUCGCUCUGGGCAGCCAUCGUCAACAUCUGCCUGCCUUUCGGCAUCUUCUACCGUAUGCACGCUGUCUCCAGCCUGCUGGAGGUCUACGUGUUGUCUUGAAGCCCCCAAGAGAGACACGCAGGGGUGGGGCUUGGCUUGUGUGUCUAUUCAGAGACCCCCACCCCCCCAGGAGAGAACCCCAGGCUGGCAGUCACUGUGCCACAUUACCACCCAUUCCCCACUGGCCCCAGGGUAGAAUUUUCACAAAAGUUAUUUUUCCAGGAUGAGUUUUUAAAUCAUAGUCAGGACAUACCCACCCACCCCAGCAGGACCCUGGGGUAUGGAGUGACCAGGGAAGGGAGACCUCUCCCCAUAGUAUCUAGGACCAGGCAAGAUCUGCAAGUGUCCGUGGCUCUGGUGCCACCCCUAAUCCCAGCCUUGUGGCCUGGCCGGGACUGCUGCCUGGAGCUGGAAACACCUGCAGUUUGUCCCUCCGCCCCCCGCUUCUUGUCUCAGCUUCCCUGUCUGAGCUGAUUGCCAGAGAGGCUCUUGUGGGUCAGAGCUGGAAGGAACCCUGGAGAUUCUCAAGUCUCAAGCUUUUCAGUGGGUGAACCAAGUGUGAGUUAUAGACUGGCUACAGACCAGUACCUGGGUGCCUGGGAGGGGCUGGACGGGGUACCCAGGAUGCCGUCUUCCUCUUCCCCUUAUUCUCAAAUGACAAAUACAUUUGUUUAUGUGUUCCGUGAGCCAUGAAAGGUUAGGAAGGACUGACCUGGUCAACUACCAUUUUACAAAGAAAGUAACAGAGGCCCAGAGAGGCAAAGUGACUUGCCCAAGGUCACAGAGCCUUUCUGCUAAGCAUAAUGAUUUUCAAACAGCAGAACUUCUUUUUCCUCAAAUAAAAUAUUUCAGGAACCCAAGUUUAUAACAUAAA